UCUGGAUUACACUGUCUGCUUUGCCACGGGACAAUGAUGCCGAGCUGGCCAUCUCCAGAGUUUGAUCCCAGCCAAAUUAGACUUAUCGUCUACCAGGAUUGUGAACGGCGAGGAAGAAAUGUUUUGUUUGAUUCUAAAGCAGCAAAGAAAACUGAAGAAGGCUCAGCUUCAAAAGUUUGCAAUGAUAUACAAGCAAAGAUUUUAGAGAAAUACUGUCAAGCGAGAUGUGGUGGAUGUGCCAACCCUUCACCCGCUUCCAGCCCUCAAGAACACCCCAACAAAUGCCAGAAUUCUCGGCCAUCCUCAGAUGCCAACAUGCUGGGUGAGAUGAUGUUUGGCUCUGUGGCAAUGAGUUACAAAGGUUCCACAUUAAAAAUCCACCAGAUACGUUCUCCACCACAACUGAUGCUUAGCAAAGUUUUCACAGCUCGUACUGGAGGCAGUGUCACUGGAAGUUUGAACACAUUGCAAGACAGCCUUGAAUUUAUUAAUCAAGAUCCCACUGCAUCGAAACCAUAUCCAGACCAAAAUCCUCUGCUGAACAAUCUUAUAGGUUUUUCACAGCUUUGCAGCCCCAAACGGGUACCUGGUGUCUGUGAGCCUGCUCCGCUCCGCCUGAUCAGGAGCGCUUCUUUCUUUGCAGUUCACAGCACCCCAAUGGACAUGCCCAGCAGAGGACCUGAUGAAGACCGAGACAGUGGAAUAACCCGUUCAGCCUCCCUGAGCAGCCUGCUUGUUACACCUUUCCCUUCGCCAAGCUCUUCCCUUCCCAGUAGCUGUGCGAGCAGUUACCACCGGAGAUGGAGGCGCAGUCAGAACACCAGCCUGGAAAAUGGAGUCUUCCCACGAUGGUCUGUUGAGGAGAGUUUUAACAUGUCAACUGAAAGCUGCAGUUCAAAUCCAUCCAUCGUUCGAAAAAAGAAGAUUGCUAUCGGUAUUAUAUUCUCACUUUCGCAGAAUGAGGAAGAGAGCAAUAAGUUUCACGAGUUCUUUUUUGCCCACUUUCCCCUCUUUGAGAGUCAUGUGAACAGACUGAAGUUUGCUAUUGAGCAGGCUAUGAAAAUGAGGAACAGAAUUUCUGAGACCAGCCAACGUGUUCUGGGUUACAAUAGAAUUGUAGAUGCUUUAAAUGAAUUCAGGACAUCGAUCUGUGAUCUUUAUACAAUGCCAAGGAUAGCAGAACCUGUGUGGCUGACUAUGAUGUCUGGAAUCCCUGAAAAAAAACUGCUUUGCCAACGCUUCAUGAAGGAGUUUGCUUUUCUGAUGGAGCAAGCUUCAAAGAACCAAUUCCUACCAGCCCUCGUUACUGCUGUGCUCACAAAUCACCUGGCCUGGGUCCCAACGGUUAUGCCAAAUGAUCAGCCACCGAUCAAAAUUUUCCUGGAAAAACAUUCCUCUCAAAGUGUGGACAUGCUGUCAAAGUCAAAUCCUUACAACCCGUUAUGGGCACAACUGGUUGACCUGCAUGGUGCGAUCGGCUCUCCUGUGAGGUUAGCACGGACUGUGGUGAUCGGCAAGCGUCAGGAAUUGGUUCAGCGAUUACUUUAUUUCCUCACGUACUUCAUCCGGUGUUCCGAGCUGCAAGAGACUCAGUUAGUCGUGGAAGGUGAUGGGGAAGAUGAGACUGAAAUGAACGAGUCUGUCAUGACUACAUCCCUGGAGAAAGGAGAGGUGGAGGAGUCUGAAUAUGUGGUGGUUACGCUCCACAGGAAUAAAAAUAGCCUUAUCUCUCCCUUUCUGCAAAACCAAACCUCUGGUUCACAAGACAGUAUUGGCCCUGUCUGUCAUGAUAAUAAAUGUCCACUUCACAGAGUCAAGGAACAUGUUGUCAAACAGGAAGAGGUAAAUAUUUCCGGUGGUGGAUUGCUCCAACUUCACAGGAACACCGAAAUUGGCUGCAAGACAAAUUUGGGGACAAUCCGCAUGGAAGAAGACACUAUGAAGCAAUGCAAAGAAAUUACCAGCUGCUUUCAAGAAACCAAGAUUGAAACUGUGGUCCCCAUUAGAUCUGCUGCUGCAGACCGAAGCUUGGUGGUAGAACCUGUAACUGAGAAGCAGCCUCCAGAUAAGCCGCUGCCCUCUUCCUUGCCCUGUAGGGCGAGCCAUCCGAAGCAAAGUCCCAAUUCACUCCAAAAGGUGACUUUUCAGAUAGGUGAUUCGCUUUCUCCUGAUUCAGAUACAGAAGCCAAGAAAAAUGAAGUGGAUGGAUUAUUUAAAAAAGGUAUUAGGGAGCUUAAAAAUAGAAUACAGAAAGGCGAGGUAUCUGUGGCGACUCGGGACCAAAAGACAACUAAUAGCGAAAAGGAUCUGUUACCUGACCUGUCCAAUAAAUUCUAUAAAUUGGAUCCUUCACGUGAAGGAAGUACAAGCUUACUUGAUGAAUGUUUUACAGAGGAUUGCUUAAUGGAAGCAAGGACCAGUGAUUACCUUCCUAGGAAAGAUCAGAAAGAGAAUGAGCAACGAGAUAUUUCAGAAAUAAUGUUGUGUACUCCGGACAAUAAACAACAAGUACCAUCUGGGGUUGAGUGGGACAUCCCAAGAAAUGAGAGCUCGGACAGUGCCCUGGGUGACAGUGAGACUGAGGAUGCAAGUCAUGAGUUGUCACGACAUAACAGCAGCUACUAUGGUGCAGAGCAGGAUGACUGGCUGGAGCAGGAAGAGCUACCUUUUCCUGGGUCAAAAAUCGUUGAAGUAACUUGCGAGAAACCAUGCAUUUCUAACUAUGGGAGAUCAUUAUUUGGUGGUUACUGCCCGUACUAUGUGCCUGACUUUGUUCUGCACGGAACUUGCAAUGAUGAGAAGCUGAGGCAGUGUUUGGUAUCAGAUUUAGCACAUGCUGUACAGCAUCCAGUGUUGGAUGAGCCAAUCGCAGAGGCUGUCUGCAUUAUAGCAGAUGUGGAUAAGUGGAGUGUACAAGUUGCAAGCAGCCAAAGGCGCAUCACAGAAAGCAACAGACUGGGGAAAGAAGUACUGGUAUCCAGCUUAGUUUCCAACUUACUUCAUUCCACUCUACAGCUCUACAAACUCGAUCUCUCCCCAAACUUUUGUAUAAUGCACCUUGAAGAUCGGCUACAGGAACUGUAUUUCAAAAGUAAGAUGUUGUCAGAAUACCUGAAGGGCCAAAUGAGAGUGCACGUAAAGGAACUGGGCAUGGUAUUAGGGAUUGAAUCCAGCGACCUGCCUUUGCUGGCAGCUGUAGCAAGCACCCAUUCUCCAUAUGUAGCCCAAAUAUUGCUUUGAAUCGUUGCAUUGCCAAAGGGCAGCAUUAAAAACAGUUGCAACAGAAUUUUUGCACAUAUUAGAAGAUGGCACCAAGAAGGAAACCCAUUCUGGAGAAAAAAAGGAUUAGCUUGACCGGGAAAAUAGCCUUUUCUCACUACUGCAUCUGUGAAAUUGGUCACAUCAAACCGAUUUAUUUAUCCAAUGUGAGAGUUGAAUUUGGAAGGUUCCUUUUGAAAACGAACAGUGUCUUUAAACAAACAAUUUCAAAUGAUGGGAAGAAAUUACAAAAAUUGCCUUCUGAUCAAUGUGGAAUCAGAGCAUCACACUUGUAGAAAUUUUGACUUCAGGGAAGUCGGACUAACCUCCCUUGUUCUUACUGAACCUGCACAUAUAUUUACCACAUGUUUUUAUUAUUUUGUAUUCUACAAAUGGAGUUUGUGUAAAGAGAUAAUCGUUUUGUACAUGUACUUUUACAAUUAUAAAUCGACUGUAAAAACUAAUUGUAUUUAAUGUUUUAGGAAUUACAUUGAUGUAACUGACAAAAAUUGAACAAUGCUAAUUGUUGACCUGUUUAAGUGGGAUCAUUGUAUGGCUGCUGUUGCUUUAGACUAUGUAAUAUAAGCAAUAAAAGUGUAGCAAACAUUGGCAGAUAAAAUUGUACAGGAAGGCAACAGUUGCAGAAAACAUGCAGUCAUCUGUUUGAGUCUCUCUCUAGCUGAUCUGACUCCAAUCUCUAAUCUUAAAUUGGUAAAAAUAUAAUUGGGAUAUUCCACUACCUCAGUUAACAACACUGCAUCAAGGGCUAUACUGUACAGUAUUUUACUUGUCUCUAUGUCUAAGUUUUGUAAUUUGUAGAUUGAUUUGGUUUUACCUAUUUUUAUCCUGUCAUUUUACACUUAUUAUGCAGCUUAGCGUGAUGAAUGGUAAAAUAUGCUGUGUAUCAUUAGCCAACACUCUGUACCAUUAAGUAAAGGAUGGAACAUGUCACAUUUACUCUCCCUUAACCCCCGUCCCCACACACAAUUGUACUGAAUCCCUGAUUUGAACCAUGAAUGUGUAAGAAGUGAUGCCCUGCAGAGAAAGAGGGCAGGUUAGAUAUUGAAAGAAUGCCCAUUUUUGUUUGAAUUACUGUAUGUCCUAUAGAAUAUCACUGAAAAUCAUACCGUUGCAGUAAAUUAACUGGUAUUUUUUUCUACAUUUGACUCAUUAAUCAACAAAAAAAUUCUUAUUUAUCUUUCCCAAUGUUUCUAAUCUCUAGAAGGAUUUUGUUUUGGGAGCGGUUUGCAGUUGGAAAUCCUGAUACAUUGCUCACUGGGUUGUGUAUUCAGGUGGGGGAUUGAAAUUACCCCCGUUAGAGAAAAAAAAUUGUGACUUGGAGGGAAGAAAAUGGGUGUGUGGAUAACAUUCCCUAUUGCAAGCAUGCAUCCCGUCUUACUCGUGAAGUAGCGUUCUGGUAAAUGGAGCAGUGAUGGCCUUGGACCUUCUCUGAGAUAAGAUGGUUUAGCGUUCACCAGGGAUUUUGAAAAAGGAGCUGAGGUAGUGGUGUGUGAGACCCGGAAGUGUAUGAUGCCAUUUUUGGGUAAACAGGUAUUUUACGUACUAUGUAUGAACAAGUAGUAAUAGGUGUUCUUUGAUGGAAUUAAUAACCAAUGAGAAGAUUGGUUAAGUACAUCACAUCUGCAAUUCCGUCUAUGUACAUGGUGCGUAAUGGACCUAACUUCAAUGAGAUUUAGAAUUUUGGGUGAGGAAGUUAAUGUAUCUUGUCCUUGUUUAUACACAAAGGUAAUUUUAUACAAUUGCAUAUUCUUAAAUCUGCAACUUUCCUUCGUGCAGUUUUGAAGUCUUACAUUUUCAAAAUGUUGUAAAAUCAUUUUUCUCCUGAAUAACUGCAACACAUGAUAAAUGCUAGGCUUCUAUUACAUUGUACACAUAAAAUAUUAUAUUUGCUGUUGCCAUCAUUGUAAUUGUCUUUUACAAUAUUUAAUUUAUUGACUCAAUGAAAGUUGUUAGCUAAACUAUAAAAGCAGAAUAUUCUGUAAAUGUUUUCUUUUAAGUAUGCACUAUAUAUUGUUUCCUAUUUGUUACUUUUAGAGGAUUUGUUUGUGCAAUAAAUGUGUAAAAAGUA